AGAAUUCAAGCGUAGCAGGUGGUACCUGAAUAAUGAAGCACGGUGUGAUCGACCCGUGGCGGCCACUACUGCGGACAUUUGUGCUGUGCAAUGGAUACUUAAGGAAGACGCGCGGGUGACUGGUACAGCUGGGGAAAGCCAUCGGAAUCAAUCCGCACCGUCCUCAGCGUCAGAAAGGUUUCCGCAUGCUGAGUACCCCAUCGGCUCAGUGAGGACCAGGAAGUAGCUCGGAUGAACUGGUGCCGCACCAUGCUUGUCAGGUUUGGUGGUGGACGUUCCAAUGCUGAUUGGGAGAUCCUCGGUGGUGAUGAGACCUGGGUGUACAGUGUGGACCCAGAGAGCGAUCAACAAUCGGCUCAAUGGACGGUCGUUGGUGUGGCACAACCUCAGAAAUUCCGGUGUGAGCGCAGUGUGGCCAAACAGAUGGUGGCAGUGUACGCAACCAAGAUCGGUCAUGUGGCUAGUGUACCACUCGUACGGCAAUACACAGCCACUGGAGACUGGUAGGCCACAAGUGCUGGAAGCUGAAGCCAGGCGUCGUCCAAGGACUAGAGCACGAGGGACCUUGCUGCACCAUAGCGCACCUGCAAACAAGUCCUAUGCCGUCGC